UACUUUGACUGACGGAAGUCCUUUGGGCGCCGAAAAAUAACCUAAAAUACGUUACCUUUUGUUUGUUUUCGAUGUUAAUAAAAUAAGAUUUAUUUGUAUUAGGAUUAAAGUUAAGCAUUGGAUUUAAAGUGAAACCCCCUGCGUUAUCUCCAAUAUCACUUUCUGUAGUUUAAAAAUGGAGUUCAUUGACGCUAUACCGGUUACUUUCAAAGAAAUUACACCAAAUUAUAAUGUUCCUGAAAAAUGGAAGGAAAUCAUACUUAACACGGGUGGUACCCACAGUACAUUACAAGAUAUCAAACUGCCGCAUAAAGCUGGGGGUUAUUGGUACGAAGACUCUAAGAAAGCCAACACUAGAAACCGUCUUAUUUACUGGCAGACGACUUCAGAUGCUAUAGAACUGUCGGAGGCGUCCUUAGAUGUAAACCUUUCAUCAUGUAAUCUAAGAUGCAAGGUGGCUCCAGGCACACCACCAUUGAACAACAUGACAAUAUAUGAAAGGCGUAGUGCACAGGAAGUGGUCAUAUUAGCUGCUACAGUUUCCUCAGUUCACAGACUAGUUUUUCCUCACCCAGAUGUAUUGGAUAAGAAGGCAACAUUUGGAUCAAUGAGUACAACAUCUCCAUCAAUAUUCCACGAUAUCAGUGCUUUGAGCAAUCCAAAUCAUUACUACAUUCUCAACCAGUUUUCUAAUGCAACAACUGGAGUAGCACACACUUGUGCAUCUCUGCUGCGCGACAAUGGAGAGGCGGUGUUUGCGCUGGCAUUCGGCCACGGGGGUGAGGGAUCUCUUCUCCUAGUCAAGCUGCCUAUUGCUGGCAGUGCAGUCACCACUAUACUGAAGAGAGAAUCCACUGUGCCAAGGUUCCUGUCGGGAAUCACAGGAGCUCUCAGAGGAAAAAGCGCAACAGAUGGGGUAGAGAUAUACGGCGUGGUGCUGACUGGUGGGUUAGCGGUGGCCGUGUGCGGGGACACGUGCCUGCGCGCGUGGUCGGUCGACGAGGGCGGCGCGCCGGCCGCCGUGUCGCCGCCGCUGUCGCAGACCAUGGUGCGACCUAAGCCGCCUCCACACGGCCACAUGCUGCAAAAGACGACGGGCGCCGAUGGCAGCGCGGUGCUCGUCGCUUACCUAUCGUUCCCCAACGAGUGCGAAUUCGUCGUCAUGAAGAUGCACGACGGAGGACCCGGCGUCGUCAAGUUCUCGCAUAUUUGCCGGAUUUUUGGGCCCCAGCUGGACCUCCUGGAUUACACAAUAGGCUAUAGCGAAGGCAACAAUGUUAUCUGGGCUCUAUGGAGCCAACCUGAUGGGGAAACUGUCAUCACUAGCAGCGCGCUGGGCGCGGAGGUGUCGUGGCGGGCGGUGUGCGGGCGGGACGCGGCGGCGCCGCUGCCGCAGCUGGCGUCGCACACGCACUACCGCGACCGACUCAUGGCGCCCGGGCUCUUCCCGCCCGCUGUCAUCAACAAGGCGCUUGUGAUAUACCGUCGUACAUGGGGCGGCGAGUGCAGCGGCGCGGGCGCAGAGGCGGACGCGGGCGAGGCGGCGGUGGCGGCCGUGCAGGCGCGGCUGCGGCACCUCGCGGCGCGCGCGCAGCCGCAGGACCACUCGCAUCUCAUGCACAAAUGCUGGUCAGAUUUGUACAGUUGGUGCAUGCAGUAUAUGGAAGGACUUCAGAAACCCCUUGGUCUCAUGGUUUCGACGCAUGGCGCGGAUUUAGAAAACGGGUGGUGGUGCGCGGUGGUGCGGCGCGCGGGCAUCUCGCUGGUGCGCGAGCUGGAGCCGCUCGAGCGCAUGAUGCUGUCGCCCGACUCCGUGCAGCUGGACAACGUCUCUGGUGGCGAGACAGGCGAGCUGUCGACAGACGCGGUCCGCGUAGUGAUGGCCGGCGCUUUGUGGGAGCGUGCUGCGGGCGCGGGCGGGGCUGCAGAGUUAGAGCGGCGGCUGUUCGCGGCCGCCGCGCCGCAGCACCGCCUGCUGCCGCGCCUGCUGCAUCUGCUGCUAGCGCCGCGACCCGACAACGCUGCAGCAGCCACGCCGACUCUGACGCCUCAGCAGAUCGAUGAACUCUCGUCUAUUCUGGAACCAAUAAAAGACUUGCAAAGCGCAGUCUUGGAACUCAACGACGCUCUGAGACUGGAUGUACCGGAUAUCGACGUCACUAAGAAUGAAGAUGAAGACUACAGCGAGUACGACAAUCUAUUCGCAAGCGACCUGGGCGUAUCUGUCGUAACUGAAGCAAUUCGACAAAUGGCUGAAAUGAGGUCUCGCGUGGUCCGCGGGGCGCUGGCGGCCCUGGGUGCGGCGCGGGGCGCGGGUGGGGUGCCGGGCGCCGGCCACUGCGCCGUGCACUGGCAGGCCUACCGCGCGCUGCUCUGGCUGCGGGCGCAGACGCUCAGGAGACCGUCGGCGAGCUCCGCAGAGGCGUUCCGCCUGAAGCUGUCGGCGCUGGGCGCGGAGCCCCGCUGGGCGGGCGGCGCGGCGGCGGGCGGCAGCUGCGUGCACGCGUACGCGCGCGCCGCGGGCGGCGGCCGCGCGCGCGCGCACCUGGCCGCGGCGCGCGCGCCCUCGCACUGGCACCACGCGCUGCCGCUGCUCACCUACCACCUGGCGCACCAGCUAUGGGCAGUGAGCGGCGGGUUCGAGUUCGGGUGGUGGCUGGCGAGCAUCAACCAGCCGCGGCUAGUACAGACCUACGUCGCCAUGCUGGAGCCCUGGUGCGAGUGGAAUGCUUGCUCGCGCCAGUUCAUACUAGGCCUGUCCCUGCUGGAGUUGGAGCAGCCGGAGGCGGCGUACACUGCGUUCUGCAAGGCGGCCAAGGGCGUGAGCACGGAGCCCUUCCUGCGGCAGCUGGUGGCCGCGCCCGACGCGCGCCUCACUCAGCACCAGGCGCUCGUGCUCUACUACAUGAAGGUGAUAAAGCUGUUCGAGAUCCACGACGCGGGCGCGUGCGUGGUGCGCCUGGCCGAGACCGCCAUCAGUAUCGCAGACAAGGAUGACCCUAAUUUGGCCAUGUUCCAGUGGCUAGUGUUCAAGUGGCACCUGGCCGGCGGGCGCGUGCAGCGCGCACUGAGCGCGGCCGCCGCUAAUCCCGCCGCAAGUGCGCGCGCAGCCGCCGCUGCUACGCUGCUCACCACGCUCGCGUCGCGGCGCCAGCUGGGCGCGCUGCUGCCGUGCGGCGCGCUGGCGGGCGAGGCGGAGCGCGCGGCCGCGGCGCGGGCCAAGCUGCACGACGCGCAUGCGCACAACCCCUACUACGACUUCCUCUACGCGCUGCACGUCUCCCGCCACCACUACAGGAAAGCCGCGGCCGUGAUGUACGAGCGCGCGGCGCGGUGCGAGGCGGAGCGGGCGGAGGGCGGCGGCGACGCGGCGGCGGGCCGCAGGCGCUGGCUGGCGGCCGCGCUCGUGUGCCUGCGGCUGGCGCAGCCCCAACACGCCUUCCUAGCCAGGCCCGGCCGCGGGAACCUGCAGGUGAUCGGACCGGAGGAACUAGCGGCAGAGCUUCGUGAGGAAGAUCCGGACUCGAUGGAUCCGGUGCAGCGGGCGCUACUGGGAAGUGAAAACAUAGACUUCGACAGUUUGUAUCCGAGGCUGAAAGAGGCAGACGCGGAGACUCUAUUGGCGGUGACAAAGAGAGUGCUCAGUACUGACCAGUUCCUGCCGCGCUGGUUCCUCAUGAGAUAUAUGGAGGUGGACGGCGCCGGCUGCAUCCGCGCGCUGCUGUGCGGCGGGCGCUUGGUGGAGGCGGGCGCGGCGUGCUGCGGCGCACUGCGGCGCGCGCUGCUGGCGCUGCAGCCGCACGCGCGGGCCGCGCCGCGCCGCGCGCCGCUGGCGCUCGCCGACCGCCUGCUGGCCGAGCUCGCCGCGCAUCUGCAGCACCCCCCGCACAAAGAGGUGUACGACGAGUUGAAUCAGUUGGUAAAAGAAUAUACUGAAGUUGUUAUCAGGACAUCCGAAGAUAUGAAAGUGGCGAGAAUCGAGCAUGCUAUUGUGAAUUAAAUUUGUAUUUUAAAUAAAAGUCAUAUUAAGUAAAAUGUUUUUAUUAACGUAACAAUAAAACAAAAACCUCUUUGGAAUGAGUUAGUGGUACCACACACCGCACAGCCGACACCAUCACAAUUUAAAUUAUACAAAACAAGAAAAUAUUUCUAAUCGAAA